AGAAUGGGGCUCAUGCUCCCUGCAGCACAUACAGAUUAGCGCUAUGAUUGGCUGUUCCCCUCACUCCACAUCUGGCUGAGAGCAGCUGUGUUCCCUCCCUGUCCACACUUCCAAUUUAGAGGAGGAGGAAGAGAGCAACCCUGACAGCCGAACAGGCACAAUGAGCUAAAACCCCACAGAAUGGGGACCUGUUGGGGUACUGGGGUCACAGUGCUGCUUCUGAGCUCAAUGGCUGCCUCCCGCAGUAACAUGAGGACCAAUGUGUGUAAGUGGUGUGACAACUCUCACCCUGUUUGUGAUGGAGGCGUCUGCCUGACCAACUGCUCCCUUAGCUCGUAUUGUGAGAAUCCAGAAGAAAUCUGUGUCACCAUUUGGAAGGAGGACAAUGAGAGCCUCCAGCUCAGCACCCGAUGUCACCACCCCCUCCUGCUGCUGGAAAACUUCCUGGUGCCCAACUACAACACCAGCCUCUGUGUCAUGAGCGCCAUGCCCUCCGUGUCUGGGCGACUGUAUACAUGCGCAUGCAAAGAAGAACAGGAAUGCAACGACAAGCUCAUCUUCUACAACCACAGCAAUGGAUUCUCCAUGUUGCACAGCAGGGAGGUGGUUCCUGUGGCUGUGAUUAGUCUCCUCCCACCAUUUCUAUGUACUGUGAUGGUGACAGUACUGUUCUACCUGUAUCGGACCCAAAGGCUCAGUAAGAUAUCCCACUCCUGGUCAUACAAAGGGAGGUACUGCCUGGAGGAGCAAAUAAAGGCUGGAGGGACAGAGGAGUAUAACUGCAGGUUGUCUCCUGAUCUGAUCAGCAAUUCCCACUCGGACAUGAGAUCACUGUGUGCCAACAGCAUCAACCACAACACAGAAAGGCUGCCCAUUGAGCUGGACCAACGUGUUGGCAAGGGUCGCUUUGCAGAAGUGUGGCGGGCUAAGCUGCGGCACAGUGCACCUAGUCACUAUGAAAUGGUGGCAGUGAAGAUCUUUCCCUGCCAAGAGUUUUCUUCCUGGAAAAACGAGAGUUGGAUUUUUGCUGAUGCCAGCCUGAAACACGAGAAUGUGUUACAGUUCAUCACAACAGAAAUUCGUGGCACCAGCCUCCAAAAGGAAUAUUGGAUCAUCACCACUUACCAUGCCAAGGGCAACCUGAAAGAUUACCUAGCCAGCCAUGUUCUGAACUGGACCACCUUCCUGAAGAUGGCUGGCUCCAUUGUGAAUGGUGUGGCCCAUUUGCACAAUGACUGUACCCCAUGUGGUGCCAUAAAGAUCCCCAUCGCUCACCGGGACAUUAAGAGCACCAACAUCCUGGUGAAAAACAACUGUGAGUGCGUUGUGUGCGAUUUUGGGAUUGCAGUUCGGUUGGAUCCCUCUCUCACCACGGAGGAUUUCGCUAACAGUGGCCAGGUUGGCACAGCCAGGUAUAUGGCCCCGGAAGUUUUAGAGUCACGAGUGAACUUGGAAGAUCUGGAAUCUUUCAAACAGAUGGAUGUCUACUCUCUGUCGCUGGUUUUGUGGGAACUGGGCACUCGCUGUGAUGCAGUUGGAGAGGUGAAGAGCUAUGAGCUACCUUUUGGUAGCAAAGUGAGAGAGCAGCCAUGUGUGGAGAUCAUGAGGGACCUGGUGUUGCAUGGACGGGUCCGGCCAGAAAUCCCUGACACUUGGAGGAGACACCCGGGACUGGAUAUACUGUGCGAUACGAUCACAGAGUGCUGGGACCAUGACCCAGAGGCCCGUCUUACUGCCCACUGCGUAGCUGAACGUUUUAUACUAAUAACCCAAAUGGAUUGUGAUACCACAAACUAUAACUCAGCUGACUGAGGAGCAUCCCCAGGAAGCAAAGGCUUCUAUUGUCUCUUUCCUAACAGUGUUAUAGAUUAUUUCUAUUGCUGGAGCUAGAGUCCGCGGGUCCAUUUUUAGGAACCUGUACCCGCAAACUUCAAUCCGCAACCCGGACCCGCAACCCACAUUCUUACCCGCUUGGACCCGCAAGUACUUUAUCCGCAACCCGGACCCGCUGACCAUCAAGAAUCAUGAAGUGCUGCCGUAAACCCGAAGUGACAUCAUUGGAAGUAGGAGUGAUCAGAAAUAAAAGGAGUAAAACAGGAAGUGCGGUCAGUGUAAACUGGA